CGGAGAGCUAUAUCGGCGCCGCUGCCUCGCAAGAGAGCUCACGUGUUCGAGCUGACAGCGUGCGGCUGCAGUGCAGGACGGCCAGCGCAAACACAGUCUGCUGCAGGCUGUGAGAACAGCUGUAGCUUGCAAAAACGCAGCGCCACUAUGCCCAUCGACUACAGCCGCUUCGACAACAUCGACGUCUCCGACGACGAGGACGAGCAGGCCUACAAGGCCCGGAAGGAGGCCGAGGAGGCCGGCCGCCGCGCGUCCAAGGCCCAGGCCAAGGAGUGCGUCGAGGCCUGGUGGCAGGCCUGCCCGAAGCAGAGCCAGUUCUCCGUCGAGUGCGCGGCGCGGCUCACGCGGGCUGGGACGACCUCGCUCUACAACACCCUCACCGGGCCUCUAAAAGGCCUCGGGCUGGGCUUCGAGCGCCCCCUGACCAAGGACGACUCGCUGGAGACCGUCCAAGGUCUGCUGAAAUACGUCGCGCUCGAGCGCGUCGGCCUGCCGGGCCUCACGGGCGUGCCCGAGGGCUGGGACGUCUUCGGGCGGCCGCCGGCGUCGCGCAUCGAGCUGGACGACGACGAGGGCCAGACCUUCUCCAUCGAGGCCUGGGACGGGUCCAAGCUCAAGGCGACGGUGCGGAAGGCGCGCGUCGUGGCGCUCGAGGGCCACGAUGCCAACUACCGCGUGGCCCCAGGCAUGCCAGCGCCGGCGGAGACGUACUUCCUCGUCCGCUGCGGGCUGCGGGCGACGCUGCGGCUGAACUGCGUGCUCGUCGUGUGAGGGUUGUCUGGCAACCGGUUCGGCGAUGGCGUCGACGAGAGCGGCGCCCCGGCCCUAGUAAUUUGUUGUUUAUGCU